ACGGAGCGGCGAGGGUGGGUGAUGGUGCGGUGGCGGCGCUGCGGGGCGGGGCGCGACGCAACACGGCGCGGCGGGACAGCGGCGCUCGCGCAGGGACACUUGAUGUGACAUGAACAGGCAGACAGGUUGUAAGCAAAAUACACUGAUAAACAGGGCAAAGUUCUUACCAUCUCUUGACUCAAUUGGCUUGGCACUGCUGCAGUGAAAAAGCCGCAAAUAGUGACUAGAAGAUGCUAUAUUCUGAAGAGAAAUUACUUAUCCCCUGAGAGCAGAACGCAAAUUCCUCAAAGCGCUUAUGAUUGUGAAAAAUGUUUCCACUAAAAGACACUGAGAUGGGUGCCUCCACCUUCUUCGCCUCAGCUCUGCCACAUGAUGUUUGUGGAAGUAAUGGCCUUCCUCUGACACCAAACUCCAUCAAAAUUUUGGGGAGAUUUCAAAUCCUUAAAACAAUCACCCAUCCCAGGCUUUGCCAGUACGUUGACAUAACCAGAGGUAAACAUGAGAGACUUGUUGUGGCAGCUGAACACUGUGAAAACAGCCUGGAAGAUCUGCUAAGAGAAAGAAAGCCAGUCAGUUCUUCAAAGAUCUUAUGCAUAGCAUAUGAAGUUUUGCAAGGUUUGCAAUGUAUGAACAAACAUGGAAUGGUCCACCGAGCACUUUCCCCUGGCAAUAUUCUUUUGGAUCGAAAGGGACAUGUAAAGUUGGCGAAAUUUGGACUGUAUCAUAUGACUGCUCAAGGUGUUGACGUUGAUUUUCCUAUAGGGUACCCAUCGUAUCUGGCGCCUGAAGUAAUUGCACAGGGAAUAGUCAAACCAAGUGAUCAUACUCAGUGUGAGAAGCCUCAGCCUUCUGGCCCUAAAUCAGAUCUGUGGUCUCUUGGUAUAAUAUUAUUUGAACUUUGCAUGGGGAGAAAAUUAUUCCAGAGUUUGGAGAUAGCAGAAAGAUUGAAGUUUAUAAUAAUGUUAGGCUGUGUAGAUGAUAUUGUAACUGUAUUGGCUGAAGAACAUGGUUGCCUUGAUAUUAUUAAGGACCUUUCUGAAAAUGUCAUAGCUCUACUGAAGAAAUGCCUUACAUUUCAGCCUUCUAAGAGGCCAACUCCAGAGGAAUUGCUGCAUGACACUUUGUUCAGUGAAAUAUCCUCAGUUUAUCCUCUCUUCCACAAACCCAUUGGUCUGUUCUCAUCUUCUCCAAGGUGUGCUAAUUUAACGCUUCCUGAAGACAUAAGUCAAUUAUGUAAAGAUGAAGAUAGUGAUUACCUAGCAGAAAGAUCAAUUGAAGAGGUUUAUUAUCUCUGGUGUUUGGCUGGAGGAGAUUUGGAGAAAGAACUUGUCAACAAGGAAAUAAUUCGAUCAAAGCCGCCUGUCUGCACACUUCCCAACUUUUUAUUAGAAGACGGUAAGAGCUUUGGGCAAGGACGAGAUAGAAGUUCCCUCCUAGAUGACACAACUGUGACUUUGUCUCUGUGCCAGCUCCGAAAUAGACUGAAGGAUGUUGGUGGGGAAGCAUUUUAUCCAUUGCUUGAAGAUGACCAGUCAACUUUACCUCAUUCAAAUAGUAGUAAUGAUCUGUCUGCAGCUGCUAGUCUUCCUCUGAUCAUCCGAGAGAGGGACACAGAGUACCAGCUAAAUAGAAUUGUCCUGUUUGACAGGUUGUUGAAGGCCUACCCAUAUAAGAAAAACCAAAUUUGGAAAGAAGCCAGGGUUGAUAUCCCUCCUCUUCUGAGAGGUAUAACCUGGGCUGCCCUGUUGGGUGUUGAGGGUGCCAUACAAGCAAAAUAUGAUGCCAUUGAUAAAGACACACCAAUUCCUACAGACAGACAAAUUGAAGUUGAUAUUCCUCGUUGCCAUCAGUAUGAUGAAUUGCUGUCAUCACCAGAAGGUCACGCAAAGUUUAGACGUGUGUUGAAGGCCUGGGUUGUUUCUCAUCCUGAUUUGGUGUACUGGCAAGGUCUUGACUCUCUUUGUGCACCAUUUCUGUACUUGAAUUUUAACAAUGAAGCUCUGGCAUAUGCCUGCAUGUCUGCUUUUAUCCCCAAAUAUUUGUAUAACUUCUUUUUAAAGGAUAAUUCUCAUGUUAUUCAAGAAUACUUGACGGUAUUUUCCCAGAUGAUUGCAUUCCAUGAUCCAGAGCUGAGUAAUCACCUAAAUGAAAUUGGUUUUAUUCCAGAUCUUUAUGCUAUUCCUUGGUUUCUUACAAUGUUUACACAUGUUUUUCCUUUGCACAAAAUUUUUCACUUGUGGGAUACAUUGCUACUUGGAAAUUCCUCCUUCCCAUUCUGUAUUGGAGUUGCAAUACUUCAGCAGCUAAGGGAUCGUCUUCUGGCUAAUGGAUUCAAUGAAUGCAUUCUCCUUUUUUCAGACUUGCCAGAGAUUGAUAUUGAGCGUUGUGUUCGUGAGUCAAUCAACCUGUUUCGCUGGACUCCGAAGAGUGCUACAUACAGGCAAUAUGCACAGCCUCCACGGCAAGCCAGCGAGAGCAACAGCGCAAGAAGUUCCAUGUCCUGCUUUUCAGCAGAUUAUCAGGAAGCACCUCGAAGUGACCUAUCUAGGGACUCCAUCAAGUUGGAUGACCUGAAGGCAGAGGUGUCACCACGAAUUUCAGCAGAAGAUCUGAUUGAUUUGUGUGAGUUGACAGGACCUAGUCACUCCAAAACACCUGUAAAGAAAACAAAGUCUAGCAAACCAAAACUACUGGUGGUGGACAUUCGUAACAGUGAAGACUUUAACCGUGGCCACAUUUCUGGCAGCAUCAAUGUCCCAUUUUCAUCGGCAUUUACUGCAGACGGGGAUCUCAUCCAGUGCCCAGCAACUGCCACACUCCAGAGCUUUAAGGGAAGAGUUGUGGUGAUUGUAGGAAAUGCAGUGAAGAACACAGCUGCUUUUGCAGCUCAUCUAGUGAAAAACAAGUACUCAAGGAUCUGCAUUCUAGAUGGAGGAAUCAACAAGAUCAAGCCAACUGGUCUCCUUACUGUUCCUUCUCCACAGAUUUAAGCUACUGUAAACAUUCAGGACCAUCUAUCUAAAUAGGCAUGUCUUACCAUACAACAUGGAUAUCCCAAACCCAAAGGGCAUUAUGGUGUUCUCACUAUACAAGCUAUCUUGAUGAUCAGUGUCUUAUCCUGCAGAUGUAGAGCACAGGAGCUUUGCUGUUAUUCUUUGAUACAGAGCUCCUAUUGGAACAGAUAAAAACUGUGAGGCUUCAAGCUCUCCAGGAAAUGUCUUUCAGCAUCGAUGUAGUGUACAAGUGGUUGAGGAAGUCUGAACACAAAAAGUAAAUCAACUAGCAUUCGGUAUCUUAUAUUUCUGCAGAACAAAAUAAACUGGCACUUGAUGGCUCUAAGCUGCACUUAAAUAGAUUCUUUUUCAAAAGUAUUUUACUGUGAAUAUUGAAAAAAUAACAAGCUGAAACUGUACCCUGUGUGUAUCUUGUGAAAUAGUAUGUUCUCUAAUCUUUUAAAGGGUGAUUGCUGUAUCUUGUGACCAACUUUCUUUUUGAGAAAGUAUCUUUUCAUCUGGAUUAAAAAAUAAAGAUAUGUCCCAGGCUGGAAGUCACUGUAAGAGCUACUGCUGAGUCAAUGCAAACCAUAUCAUAUCCUGCAGAAGAGGAGCUGGCCUACUCCUCUGGGGAGAAUUUAACAUUCUGUUUCCAUAAACCCAACAAAUGCAACAGUUUCUGAAGCAAUUAUGUUUACCAAAGAGGUGGGCUUUUGACAAUACUGUAUCUUAUGACUAUAGAUCCAUUAUUUCACAUACAGUAGUGCUUUUCCAUUUUAGAAGCUCAUGCCUUAAAAAGAAACAGUGCCAUUUUCAUCUGCAAAUAUUCUAGAAUGAUCACGCUUAUGUAAAUUGGAGGUGCACAGUUCUCAUUGGUUCUCUACUCUUAAGUCAUGUAAGAUGAGUGGAAGCAGUCUUCCACAAAGGGCAUAAGCUGGCUGUGCAGUAAAAAUGUAGAAAUUAGUUGCAAGAAGCAGACAAAAAGUAUUGAAAACACAAACAGAAACGGGACUUGACAUCUUUCUGUUGCUGGGAAGCUAAAAAUAAAUUUGAUUCAGACAAGUACUGCCUUUCAAAAUCCCAGGUUGCUAGCACCUCAAGUCUUGUUGUUGUGAAAAUCAUGUGAGGGGAAAUAAGACAAAAAAGAAAAGGAAAGAAUCUUUCUUCAAGAAGGCUACCUGAAGAUAGUACCUAUAAUCCAGGAAAAACAGUUGUGGUCACGUAGGACUGACAGGAAUUUGGAAGAAUUUAUUUUAGAAGACAGGAAUCUUUUAGAUUUCUCUUUCUGCAUUUUUAAGGUUUAGAAAACAUUAAUGUGACAUAAGGCUUAAUGAUCAGUGAAGCAAGUGUAUGAAAAUGUAGUUUGUAUAGUGUACAAUGUUACAGCAAAUACCUGUACACCUGAUUACAAUCACAUAUUAGCUUGCAUUGAGAAUUUGACUUAAAGCUCUUUAUUGGACCAUCAGUUGGGACACGGCAGUUUACACAGUACAAGGUCCCUGUCAGGAUAAUGAGGAUUUGCUCUGGAUAUGGUUAUUGUACACCUUAGUUGAAUGUUGUACUGUGAAUAGUUUUGGGGUUGGCAAAAAGAAAGUUGCAGCAGCUAACUUUAUUUCAUUUGUCUUCUGGCAGAUUUCCAGAAGUGCUGUGAUAGGAGAGGUGAGGGGAGAAAGCUGGGAGCAGUCUUUAUAAAACACAGGCAAAAUGAUCACUUUUUGCUGGAUUUUUUAGUGGUAGUAGCAGUGACUUUUGAGUUUGUUGGUUUUAGGGGUUUUUUUUAAUUGAAACAAUAGAAGAUGAGACCUUGUGGAAGGCACUGAAAGAGGAGGCUUUUGUCCUUGCCUGUGCGAUGACCAAAAGAUAUCCAGAAUCUUCAGAAGCUAAUCUCUAGUGCCGUUUGCUGUCUUCGGGGAGAUUUGGUCUUGCCACAGAUGUGAUUUUGAGAACCUUGUUGGAAAAAUAUGAUGAAUGAAAAGAAUAUGGGGGAAGAAAACCCCCUUUAUCUUAAAUGCGCUUUGUCUAAAAAAACCCUGUGGAAUUAAAACAUGAUGAUAUAUAUGUGGGCACUCUGUGGUCUAAAGUCAAUAUAACAUACCGACACUUUCAAGGAAAAAAAUCCAGUAUGCGUGUUGGAGUAACCAAGUAAGGGGUCAGAAAUUAAAUGUAGGGAGAGAUUAUCAGGUUCAUCUAUAAGCACAGGGUUUCUGCAACAGUUGUGGUGAUGCCCAUGGUGCUCAGCUGACUGUAAAAAUGACCUGCAAAGGGAGAGGAGCAGCAAGGUUAGCAACAAGUUUCCUGAUACUGCACAAUCAUCCACUAUGAUCAAAGUUUGGCCUGGCUGCAUGGAGAACUGUAAAAACCUUGUGAUGCUCAGUGUCAGAGAAAUUCACUAUGAAGGGUUCAUGUGGACCACUGGAGAACGCUUUUAACUAUAUUCAAACAUUUAACCCUAUCUGUUGACAGGUAAGAUGACAUUGCAAAUGCUUAACACCAUCCAAAAAGCCACACAGGAUAUUGGUGAUUGUAAGGAACGAAAAGAACAAAACAUAUUAUGCCAUCAGAGAGUUGACCCAUAUGGUACUUCUUGAAUACAGCAGAGAUGCUUUAUGAUACAAAAGAAAAAAAAAUACACAUGGUUGAACACAAAACAGAGGCAGAAUAAGAU